AGUAUCUUGGAUUUCCGGUUGCGUUUAAUCGCCGAGGUGUUUGUUUACAGCAUGAAACGAAACAGAAAUCAGCGCUUCAGACCAUAAUUGGAACACACCAGGCUUUGAUUUUCAGCAUUAAACUGGAGGAAAAUUUGUUUUUUCCCAGUAUGAAGCUGCGAGUUCGGAUCCAGCGUCAGACCAGCAGGGUGGAGUUACCGGGCGGAGAGCCCACCCUGCAGGAGCUGUCGGACCUCAUAAAGCAGACCCUGCUGUCCUCUCAUGGACUCGGUACCGACACAGAUUUCAGUUUGUCUCUGAACGGUUCUGAACUCCUGUCGGACUCGGGUCAGACCCUGUCCUCCUGCGGCAUCGUGUCUGGAGACCUGAUCUGUGUCCUGCUGCACCAGCCUGCGCCGGGGACGAGCUCCAGCUGUGCUGAGGCCACGCCCAGCGCCCAGCGGACCCCCGACAAGACCACCUGCCAGCAGCCGAGCAGCAGCAGUGAUCAGGAGGUUCUGAUGGAGACCCUGCAGACCUGCGAUGGACAGGAACCUGACCCGGUGGUCUCGGUCUGGGAGCCGAUGCUGUGCAGCGAGGCGGAGGAGGGUCAGGCUCCUCUGUCUCUGGAGCUCCUGUACCACUCGGCCCGGGUCUCCGGUCCCAACGAGGCCGUCAUGGUGGCCGUGCACCUCCUGAUGCUGGAGACCGGCUUCACCCCUCAGGGUGGAGAGCUGAAGCCUGACCAGAUGCCUGCUGGAUGGAGGUCUCCAUCCGGACCCUUCAGGCUGCAGUACUCCCACCCGCUGUGUGGCAGCAGCCUGGUGUCUGUGGCAGCUGUGAGCAUGGGCCCUCUGCUCGUCAUCAACCAGUCUCUGAAGGUGACAGAAACGGUCGAYGCUGUCCGGAAGCUGCAGCUGAACGCCUCCAGCUUCGUGACRGACGAGUGGCCAGGUGAGAGUGCAGCUGCAGCCUUCAGACACCUGAAGAAACUCUCUCAGGUGGUUAAAGACCAGCUGGUGUUUCCUCUCAUCGCUGCUGCCAGACACGCGAUGGCUCUGCCGACGGCGUUCGGUCUGUCAGUUCUUCCUCUGGAGCUCCUACUCCGAGUUCUUCGGCUGUUGGACGUCCGCUCCUUGGUCCGGCUGUCCGCUGUCAGCCGACACUUUAGCGCCGCCGCCGCUGACUCCAUGCUGUGGAGACACCUGUACCGCCGUGAUUUCACAGAUGCAGGAAGCAGCAGGUCCAGAGACACAGACUGGAAGGAGCUUUACAGAAAGUCGUUUGAAGCUCGUUCUGAACGCCGCCGUGCGCUCCGGUCCUUCUGCCAGUCGCCGUACCGUCACCGUGACGUCAUCACGCCUGUGCCCCACCCCCUCCUCCCUCCGCUGCCAGGGAUCAUCGGGGGGGAGUACGACCAGAGAGCCAUCUUCCCCCACGACCUGCUGCCCCGCCCCCGCUACGACCCCCUCCGCCCCAUCGCAGACCCCGCAGGACGACCUCGACCCGACCCCCGCAGACCGAGCGCAGGACGAGCGCCGGACAUCCUCCGAGGGUUCAUCUGAGGCUCCGCGAGCCGCCAAUCAAACUUUGUUUUUUUGUUUAUGUAAACAGGUUCUGCAGCUCCACUGGAGGGUCCGAAGAAAACUCACUGAAAACU